UGACAGGAAACAGGUCUGGGGAGCAGGUCAGCACCCCCAGAGAGACUUAAAGAUGCCAUUUCCUGGGUCCCCCUGCAGACCUGCAGAACCAUAACUCCUUAGAGUGGGUCCUGAUCACCCCAGAGACCUGCAUGCCCAUUAAUGAUAAAAGUUCUCAUCUGGGUUCCUCCUAGGUCUCAUGGGAAUUUCAAGGAGUGCUGUCACCUGUGCCCUCCCCUGGGGAGCUGGGUGAGAGCAUCAUUGUUGUUUAAGUGAGGUGUUCAUGUGACUCUCAGGAGCUCCUUGUCGCUGACUGUCCUGUGACAAAGGACAAGAGACGGCAACUUUCUCAGCAUUUCUACGUCCUUCUGCCUGUCAGUUUGGAGGAAGCAGACGAAGGACCUGUGCCGAAGCCGUUGAAGGCACAUUCUCAUGAUGCAGACGUGAUUUCUCCCCAGAAAGUCUCCUGAGGAAACAACCCAGAGUAGGAGGAGGACGAGGACGAAAUGGCUACUUCUCAGGGACGGUUGACAUUCAGGGAUGUGGCCAUAGAUUUCUGUAAAGAGGAGUGGGAGUGCCUGCACCCGGCUGAGCGGAAACUGUACAUGGAAGUGAUGCUGGAGAACUACAGGAACCUGCGCUCCCUGGACCUGGUCACCUCUUUGGAGAGAAUGAAGGACACCUGGGAUGUAAAUAAAAAAAAGACAGUAUCCAUCCACCCAGCUAUGUCUUCUGAGGACACCUUGAACUUACUGACAAACCCAGGAAUAGAAGAUUCAUUCCACAAAAUGCUGCUGAGUAUGUGUAAUGAUGAGAGAAGCUAUCAAUUCAGUGAAUCUUGGAAAAACUUUAAACAAGGGUCAGAUCCUAAUAAGCAUCAGAAAUUGCAGUUUCGAGAGAACCAGCAUACACAUGGGAAAGACUUUCAUGAAAACUCAAAUCUUACACAUCAGAACAGUUAUAUUGUAGAGAAGCCAAACAAAUGCAGUGAAUAUGACAAGUCUUUGAACCAAUCUUUAUAUCUUACUGAACAUGAGAAUAUUUAUACUGGAGAGGAACCUUACAAGUGUAUCCCGUGUGGCAGAGUCUUUAGUCGAUUAUCCAGUUUAAACAGACAUAGGAAAACCCAUACUGGAGAGAAGCCUUACAAAUGUGAACACUGUGGCAAAGCCUUUACUAAACAUUCAACUCUCAUUGUACAUAGAAAAACCCAUACUGGAGAGAAGCCUUACAAAUGUGAACACUGUGGCAAAGCCUUUAUUAAACAUUCAGCUCUCAUGGUACAUAGGAGAAUCCAUACUGGAGAGAAGCCUUUCAAAUGUGAACACUGUGACAAAGCCUUUAUUAAACAUUCAGCUCUCAUGGUACAUAGGAGAAUCCAUACUGGAGAGAAGCCUUUCAAAUGUAGAGAAUGUGGUAAAGCCUUUACUCAGUGUUCACCUCUUGCUGCACAUAUGAGAAUUCAUACUGGAGAGAAGCCUUACAAAUGCAUGAGAGAAUUCAUACCGGAGAGGUCAUUACUCACCAUUUACAGUUUACUCAACAUGAAAGUUUAUAAUGGAGAGAAACCUUAA